UGUUUCAACUAUGUGCGGUUCCUGCAGAGCUACAACAGCUCCCACCUUUAUGCCUGCGGCACCUACGCCUUCCAGCCCAAGUGCACCUACAUCGAGCUGUCCGGCUUCACCCUGGACCAAGUGGCUUUUGAGGACGGGAAGGGAAAGUGUCCCUACGACCCCACCAAGGGACACACCGGCCUCAUCGUGGACGGGGAGCUGUACUCUGCCACCUUCAACAAUUUCCUGGGCACGGAGCCCGUCAUCCUCCGCAACCUGGGCCCCCACUACUCCAUGAAGACGGAAUAUCUCACCUCCUGGCUCAACGAGCCCCACUUUGUGGCUUCGGCGUACGUCCAGGAGAGCGCGGCCAGCAGCACCGGCGACGACGACAAAGUUUAUUUCUUCUUCAGCGAGCGGGCGGUGGAGUACGACUGCUACGCCGAGCAGGUGGUGGCACGCGUGGCACGCGUCUGCAAGGGGGACGUCGGCGGCGCCCGCACGCUGCAGAAGAAGUGGACAACGUUCCUGAAGGCGCGCUUGGUGUGCUCGGCACCAGAGCAGCAGCUUCAUUUCAACCGGCUCCAGGCUGUUUUCACCCUGCCGGGGGGCGAUUGGCAAGACACAACGUUUUUUGGGGUCUUCCAGGCUCACUGGGGAGUGCAGGCUCACUGGGGGGACGUGGACGUCUCGGCUAUUUGCCGGUACCACAUCCUGGAGCUGAUGGACGAGCCCAUCCUGCCCCACCGUGGCCGCCCGCUGCUCCUCAAGAAAGACACCAACUUCACCCAGCUGGUGGUGGAUCGUGUGGCCGGGCUGGACGGCACCAUCUACGAGGUGCUCUUCAAAGGUGCAGGUGACGGCUGGGUGCACAAGGCGCUGAACCUGGGCGCUGGCGUCCAUCUGGUCGAGGAGCUGCAGGUUUUCGAGCCGGCACAGCCCGUGGAGAGCCUGGUGCUGGCCGGUCAGAAGAAACUGCUCUUCGCCGGCUCCCGUUUCCAGGUGGCCCAGUUGCCGUCCCAUCUGGUCCAGGACGUGCUGAGCUCUGACACCCGUGCCUGCACCCUGUCGCAGGCGGCCAAGCAAGGCUCCAUCACCCCCAAAAAAGUGACGGUGGUGGCGGGCACGGACCCUGGGCUGACCGGCCAAUGGCGCAGGCGCUGUGGACGUUCGAGGGCCGGGCACUGGCAGACGAGCAGGCGCUG